UUGACCAAGAGCGUCUCCCCUCCCGUUCUCACGCCCCAGUAGGUGACUCGGAAGGGAUUCCAAACAGCAACAGCCGCCUCGACUAGCUCGGUUGAUUGCACCGUCAAAAAAGGAGAGAAAGUUUCUAUUGAUCAGGCAGUUCUUCCAACGGGGGGCGAGGCAGCAGCGCUUUCCGCGCAGGUGCGUUCGGCCGCGACCCAUCGCGAUAGACGAGCGAGAUCGGCGCUGGCCCUUUAACAGCCCCUUCCUGGAGGCCUGCCCCGCGCGUGCGCACUGCGGUUCUGCGCUUGUCAUCAUGGCGACACGGGGCCAUGUGCAGGACCCUAACGACAGGCGCCUCCGGCCCAUUUACGAUUAUCUUGAUAAUGGUAAUAAUAAAAUGGCAAUUCAACAAGCAGAUAAAUUAUUGAAGAAACAUAAGGAUCUUCAUUGUGCUAAGGUGUUAAAGGCCAUUGGAUUACAGAGAACUGGGAAGCAAGAGGAAGCCUUUACCUUGGCACAGGAGGUGGCAGCCCUUGAGCCCACAGAUGAUAACUCACUGCAGGCACUGACUAUUCUUUACCGGGAGAUGCAUCGUCCGGAGUUAGUUACAAAACUUUAUGAGGCAGCUGUGAAAAAAGUUCCCAGUAGUGAGGAAUAUCACUCUCACCUCUUCAUGGCCUAUGCCAGAGUGGGCGAAUACAAGAAAAUGCAACAGGCUGGCAUGACUCUAUAUAAGAUUGUCCCCAAAAACCCUUACUACUUUUGGUCUGUGAUGAGCUUAAUUAUGCAAUCUAUAUCAGCACAGGAUGAAAACCUCUCAAAAACGAUGUUUCUACCCCUUGCUGAGAGAAUGGUAGAAAAAAUGGUGAAAGAGGACAAGAUAGAAGCGGAGGCUGAAGUUGAACUUUAUUAUAUGAUCCUGGAGCGUUUGGGAAAGUACCAGGAAGCCUUAGAUGUCAUCAGAGGAAAAUUAGGAGAGAAGUUGACUAGUGAGAUUCAGAGUCGGGAAAAUAAAUGCAUGGCUAUGUACAAGAAGCUGAGCAGGUGGCCAGAGUGCAAUGCCCUUUCCCGGCGCCUCUUAUUGAAAAACUCAGAUGACUGGCAGUUCUAUCUGACUUAUUUCGAUUCUGUCUUUCGACUGAUUGAAGAGUCCUGGACUCCUCCUGCUGAAGGUGAACACUCUUUAGAAGGAGAAGUACAUUAUUCUGCUGAAGAAGCUGUGAAGUUUAUAGAAGAUCGGAUAACAGAAGAAUCUAAAAGUUCUCGCCAUCUUCGAGGACCACAUCUAGCUAAACUGGAGCUGAUUAGACGUUUACGACAUCAAGGUUUUAAUGAUGAGUACAAACUGGGUGACCCAGAAGAAUUAAUGUUUCAGUAUUUUAAGAAGUUUGGAGAUAAACCUUGCUGUUUUACAGACCUCAAGGUGUUUGUUGAUCUCUUGCCUGCUGCACAGUGUACAAAAUUUAUUAAUCAGUUACUUGGAAUUGUUCCUUUGUCGACACCAACAGAGGAUAAGCUGGCACUGCCUGCUGACACCAGAGCUCUACAGCAGCAUUUGUGUGUGGUGCAGCUGACGCGGUUACUAGGCUUGUACCACACGAUGGAUAAAAAUCAGAAAUUAAGUGUGGUCAGAGAACUGAUGUUAAGAUACCAGCAUGGACUGGAAUUUGGGAAAUCCUGUUUGAAAACCGAAUUGCAGUUUUCAGACUAUUACUGUCUCCUUGCUGUCCAUGUGCUUAUUGAUAUAUGGAGAGAAACAGGUGACGAGACUGCUGUGUGGCAGGCCCUGACUUUGCUGGAAGAGGGAUUAAUCCAUAGCCCUUCCAAUGCUCAAUUCAAAUUGCUGCUUGUUCGAAUCUACUGUAUGCUGGGAGCAUUUGAACCUGUGUUGGAUCUGUACUCCAGCCUUGAUGCUAAGCAUAUCCAGCAUGACACCAUUGGUUAUCUUUUGACCCGAUACGCUGAAUCCCUAGGUCUGUAUGCUGCUGCAUCCCAAUCCUGUAACUUCGCACUCAGGUUUUUCCACUCCAACCAGAAAGAUACCUCAGAAUAUAUUAUUCAAGCUUACAAAUAUGGUGCAUUUGAGAAGAUUCCAGAGUUUAUCGCUUUUAGGAACAGGCUGAAUAAUUCUCUUCAUUUUGCACAAGUCCGUACUGAACGGAUGUUGUUAGACCUUCUACUUGAAGCAAAUAUAUCAAUCAGCUUAGCAGAAAGUAUAAGGUCAAUGAAUCUUCGGCCAGAAGAAGAUGACAUUCCAUGGGAAACCUUGCGAGACAACAGAGACUUAAAUGUUUUCUUCAGCUGGGAUCCAAAAGAUAGGGAUGUUUCUGAAGAGCAUAAGAAACUUUCCUUGGAGGAGGAGACCAUGUGGUUAAGAAUCCGUUCCUUAACAUUGAGGCUGAUCAGUGGACUCCCAAGUCUUAACCACCCUGUGGAACCCAAGAACUCGGAGAAGACCACUGAGAACGGUGUAGCCUCCAGGGUUGAUAUUCUUCGUUUGCUCCUUCAACAGCUGGAGUCUGCCCUGGAGACAGGAAAGCGAUUUAUUGAAAAGGAAAUUCAGUAUCCUUUCCUUGGUCCUGUGCCUACCAGAAUGGGUGGAUUCCUUAAUUCUGGCUGUUCUCAGUGCCAAACCAGUUCUUUUUAUCUUGUUUGUGAUAUUUAUGAGCUGGAUACCAAUGGUUUAGAGGAUACAAUAGAGAUCCAGGAGCGAGUAGAGAAUACUCUUAAGUCUUUACUAGAACAGUUAAAAGAUGUCUUCAGCAAAUGUAAAGGUGAUCUGUUAGAAGUUAAAGAUGGUAACUUGAAAACACACCCUACUCUUUUAGAAAAUCUAGUCUUCUUUGUUGAGACUAUUUCUAUUAUUCUGUGGGUGUCCAGUUACUGUGAGAGUGUCCUGCGACCAUACAAAUUAAAUUUACAGAAAAAGAAAAAGAAGAAAAAAGAAACCAGCAUCAUCAUGCCACCUGUCUUUACCAGUUUUCAAGACUAUGUUUCUGGACUUCAGACUUUAAUUUCCAAUGUUGUGGAUCAUAUUAAAGGGCUUGAAACACAUCUAAUUGCACUUAAACUUGAAGAACUUAUUUUAGAAGACACUUCUCUCUCAUUGGAAGAAAGAAAGUUUUCAAAGACUGUGCAAGGGAAGGUGCAAAGCAGUUAUCUGCACUCACUUCUGGAAAUUGGGGAGCUGCUGAAAAAAAGACUUGAAACCACAAAGAAACUAAAAAUUUAAGGAAGUAUGAACCACAGGCACUAUUGAUGCUUUGGCAGAAAAAGAUAUCAUCUUCCCAGGCAAAAAUCUAUAUGGUUGACCACCAUUUGAAUCCAGAACUUCCUCAUAAAAUGCAUGAAGGACUUUGAUUGUGAAUUAAUUUUUUAGGGUAUUAAAUGUAUACAACUGAUUAAAUUAUUGUACAUAUACCAGAAGCAGGACCCUCAUCUGGGUUUGACCACUUUUUAUACAUGUUCAUAUGCAUUUGACAGCCACAAGAGAACCCCACUUUUCUUCUGUCCUUCUCUCACCAGAAACACCUGGUGGAGGAGGGUCCUAUAAAAGCAGUGAUAGAAAUUAAGCAUAAAGUGUCAACGUCAGAGCAGCUGAAUGGCACUGCCCUUACAGCAGUGGACAUUUUGAUUUGGUCUUUGAGCCUGUUUGGAAGCAGAAAGGAGAAGUAUUGGGGGACCAUAAGUAGGAGCAGGCCCUUUGUCCACAUUAGCAUUUUGUUUUUGAGGCUCCCUCAGCUGCUUGGCUUCUGCAGAACCCAAGGCAGGUACCCAAAGGGCCUCAGAUGAAAUUUGGCAUAAGCAUCUGCCACUGAAGGCCACCACUCAGACAACCACAGGUGCUCAUUUUCUGGCUGAAUAGUCCUGCUAGUCAAGGCGUCCCCAUCCUAGCUCAGGUGAGAGAGAUCGCAGACAGGCUUCUACGGCUUCUGUUUCUGUGCAGCUGUUUGGAGGGGAAAGCAGUGCAGACCACUUCUAAGCCUGCUGAGGACUAGUUUGUCUUUUAUCUCUUUGGGAAACAUGGGAAUCACUUUUAAAGAAGAGAAGUGUACAUAAUUUAUGCAGGCAAGUGUAAUACCAAUGUCAUUGGUUUUGUGAGAUAUAUAUAUAUGUAUAUGUAUAUGCUUUUACAUAUAUAUGUAUAUUUUUAAGCAUAUAUGUGUGUGUGUGUGUGUGUGUGUGUAUGUACAAACCAAAUAUAUAUAUAUACACACACACACACACACAUAUAUGCUUGAAAAUAAAGAUAUAAUACUUUUAGUGUUGUUUUUUCUAAGUGGGGGGUUUGAGAAGGAAGGACUUAACCUAGGCUUUAAGUUAUAGGCUGGCAAAGGAAAUGUUCUUCAUUGGUUUGGAGGUUCAGUUUACCACAGGCUUGAGAAUUACACCAGGAUGGUGUAUGAGUUAUCCACCUGGAGCUCCCAAAGACGACAGCUUCUGAAGUAGAUCUGACAGAAAAGAUAAACAUUGCUCUUGAAAAUGUUAUACAGUUUAUAUAAUUCCUUUGGUAACUUUUUUGUAUUUGAGCCUGUGCUUCUGUUUUUGGUCUUUGUUACCUAAAUACUGUUAAAGUUAAUAAUUUUGUAAGAGCAAAGAAAUGAAUUUGAUGAGGAAAUUCAAGCAUCUGGUGGAGGAUUGGUCUUGAAGACCUUAAAUGUCCUUUCAAUGUCCUCACUUCUGUGAAAUGUGAUACUUUUUUCUUCCAAAAGCAAUUGGAUGAGGGCUUGGGAAGUCUCUGUAUGCAACACAAUUGUGUUUUGUCUCCUCAUCUUGACUUUCUUAGACUUACAAUUUGAUAGGGUGAUUAAUAACUGUUUAAACCCAAAGGAAAUUUAUAAGAAAAUUACUGCAUUACUCAUUUAAAAUAAGACUUGUUGGAAAUCUUAAUCCAUCAAGUAAUUUCAAAAUACUGUUUUUGAUGUCAGUUGGUAACCACGGCUGUCACACCUCAUCCCCAAAGGUAGAACUGAUCAAGAUGAAUUGAAAAUAUUGAUUCCAAAUGUAAUUUAAUGACAACAUAUCAUAAUUUCAUAAAACAACGGCCUUGUUUAGAUGGAAUUUUGUGUUUGUAUAGGGGUGGGGGGUAUGUGUGUAUGGCAUGUGUUUUCAAAAUGAUGUUUCUUUGAAUAUCCAAAAAUACUGUACAUAAAAGUGGAAAUGCUCUUUGAAACGUCUUCAACUGACCUUGAUCAAUCUAGCAUGUGUGUGUUCAGUGGGCUGGCCUUGGUCCUCAGGGACAGUGUGACUCCAGUGUCUACCUAACUAGUCUCUUGCUUGGGACCUCUACUAGAAACUCAAACGGUGGCUUUUAGAGGCAGUGUUAAGUUGAGGUUAUGUUUCCUUUGUUACUUGCUGAUUUUCCUACUAAACGUAGCAUUUCAAUUAGAGCCAACCUCUUGUGUUUUGAGAAAAUUGUAAAAAGAAUGAAAUUAUGCAGAAAUGGCCAAUAUCUUUUAUUAAUCUGUUUUUUUGGAAACUGUCAUGCACUAUAAAUUGUGUACAGUUAAAUAUAUAUAUAUAUAUAUAUUCUUACAUGAGUAAAAAGCAACCUCUCCAGCCAUCGUAUGUCAUUGGUAUUUGAAGAGAAUUCUUAAAUAACCCACUGCUGCUGCUGCUGUUUUUUGGUUUGUAUGGAUUUUUUGUUUUGUUUUUGUGUGGUAAAUUGCUAUUUAAAAAAAAAAAAGGAAAGGAGAGAAACACGACUACUGUUUACAGACUGAAAAAUUACUGCUUUUUUAUACUACUGAGAAUCUUAAGUUAAAACUCUUCAAAGCAAACAUUUGGUUUAAAUCAUUUAUCUGAUGUGGAUUAAAGGUAGAUAAGUUUUUAGUGUUCUCCAAACAGUGAAAAAUGUACAAAUGCCUAGCUGUGUUGCCCAUCAAUUUUGUAUAUUUUCAUAAUUUUAAUUGUUCAAAUUGCAUUAUAUUUUGCAAUCACUAUGUUAAAUCUGGAUUUGUCUUUCAUUUUAACUUUUAAUAUAAAAAAGGGGUUUCAGUGUAUCUACGGCCUUCUUAUUGAAACUCUUCCUACUUAUUUGAUGUGAUUUAUUAAAAUGGGAAGUAUAUUCUUCCUUUUUCAGAAUUAAGCAUAGGAAAACUACUUUAAACUGGAUGGGUUAAUUUAUAUAAACAACUUUAAGUUGGCAUUUCUGCCUUGUUCAUUUUUGUUCAGAUUCCUAGAAGCUACCUUUUAUUUUUUCUACCUUUUAAAUGGUAUUAAUUCACUUCAAUUUUGUACUCAGUGUUACGUUCCUCAGCAAAAUUGUAAUAUUUGUGAAUUUAAAAUUUAUUUUGCAAGGCCACUAGUCUUUUUUUUUUUUUUUUUUUUUUUAAGUAGUGCCUUGCAUGCUAGCAUUCAAUAAUUCAAUAUAUAUAUAUAUUGUGCACUUACUUUACUACAUGCCACAUUGCAUUUUGGGCUCUGCUGAUGUAAUGGUGGGACCGGAUAUCCUAGUUAGUGGCUGAGGUGGGUUAAGUAACAAGAAACAAUAGCUUAUAAUUAAGUUGUUUAAUAAAAUGAAUCAGGGUAAGUGAUAAACUGGGUCAUGAGAGGAUGCUUUGAGUGCUGCCAUCUGAUUGGAAUGAGGAAGAGUCAGCCAUGGGAAAAGGAAUGCAAAUGCAAAGACCCCAAGGCAGCAAAACAGCUAAGCAUAUUCCAGUGACUGGAAAAAAUAAAGGGCUCAAGUAGCGGGAACUUCCUGGAAAGAGAGGUAGGGUUUGAGUAGAGGGGAUCAGAGCAAUGAGGCCAGGGGCAGGAAUGUGAUCCAGAUUUGGUGGGAAGUUAACGAUGUUUGUAGAUAAGUUGACAUGACAUCCAAGAGGACUUGAAUCCACAGGUGAAGACCUAGUUUAUUCAGCCGCAUUGACAACACAGUGUAAAGGAGAUGUUUUUCUUCAAGUUUCCCUUUUGUCCUGUGAUCACUAAGUGCUCCUAUUUGAGCCCUGAGAAGUCAGUUUUUGCCUGUUUCCAUCCCACUAUUUUCCUUUAGCAAAAGGUGAGUGCUUGGAUAUAUUUUAAUGCCAUUUUUUAACUUUUCCCAAAAGGUGGGCUCAGGGUUUUUUUUGUGUGUGUGUUUUUUUUUCAUGUUCCCUAUUGUUUAGAUGCUAUCACUGUGUAAUGCAGACAUGUACUAGUAUGUCAUACAAGUGGAAGGUAAGCAACUGUGAGCCAAAUGCUUAUAAAAAUUAUUUGUGGGAUGCCUAACGUACUUUAGGAGUUUAUGCUUCAGAAGCACAGAACUUCUUUGUAACUUCCAGCUUCCACAUAUCCCAGUUAGAGUGGGUCCCAGGUAAGGUACAAUGAGAAAAGUAGUUACUGCAUAUGAGAUUAUUAUUUAAGACCACCCAGUGAGGCAAGGGUUGAAUAAAAUUAAAAAUCUGAAGCUUGGACAAAAUUAGCUAAAAUCCAGACACACACACACACCAUCUCACAUUCUUAGUCUUGAUGGCCAUGUUAAAAUUCCCAUUCUGUCUUGGUUCUCUACUGAAUAACCAAUCUUUCCUGAUAUGAUUCUAAUGUCAACAUUUGUGGCAAAUGCCAAGGACUAUUUGUAAAUUAAAAACAUUCUUAGCAAUAAUUGAGAUAACUUACAAGUUCCCUAGGAUGGGAUUGUAGUGAGUUCAAGGUUUCAUUUGCUUCAGGUAAUCUGGAAAUUCCCUAAAAGUUAUAUAUAUACUUGCUUUAUUCUGGGAAACCAGUCCAUAGCCUUCAUUAUAAGCAGCAUUUGAGCCACAUAUUAUUUAAUGAGAUGCAAAAAAGUAAAAGGGAGGAACCCUUAUUAUUCAAUUAAAUGAAUAGGAAGGAAGUGCCAGGGAAGACUGGAUUUUAUGUGGCAUAUGCAAAUUGUUCAAAUUCUAAACUAGAAAUAAAGCCCAUCUUUAUUGAAAAAGAUUUGAUACAAAGAGCCUCUGAUGUAUGAUAGUCCAGUCCUGUCCAACAAUCCAUGUAUAUUAUAUACUCAUGGUAUAUAUUAUCCAUUAGACCCAUCUAAUGAAGUACCCUUGGAUGUGUUACCACCUUUAUUCCUUUCACAUUGAGAUGAAACCACAUUCAGGAAUGUUUGAAAAAUUUAGUUCUUUACCAGUCAUUUGUCUUCCGUAAGACAGUGAAUAUUUUGUUCUUUGGAAAUGACUGUUUUAGAUAGAUUAAAAAAACAAAUUAAACUGAAAGUAAGUUUGCCAGUGAAAAGCAUCCAAAAAAAAAAAAAAAUCAAGGUUUUCAUUUAGAAUUUAAGUAAGGAAAAUAUUGAAAUUAUUGGGCUAACUAUAUGCUAUAUUCUUUUGUCAAUGUUGAGAGUAUAUGCACUGGUUAUAGGCAGGCAUUUAGGUUGAGCAUCUUUUACUUAAUGGAGUUGUUAGCCUAAGCUACCACACUUGUUUUUGUUCCAUCAACUUAAACACAUAGGUUUUCCUGCAUUUUUCUUUCCAGUGAGUUUAAAUACCAAUGUGGUUAAAAUGAAGGAACAAUCCUAUUUGCUGCCUUUGUUCAACUUAAUAUCUUUUGGUGCAAUUUGAGGAACGGUAGUCUGAUAAUUUUCAAACAGUAAACAUAAAAAUGGGGAUAUUAAUGACUUUUACCAUUGCAUAUACUAUUCAUCCAGAGAACAAAUUUUAAAGUUAGUAUAAUGCUCCUCCCUAUGUUAAAAUUUUAUUUUAUUUGGAAGACUCAUAGAUUUCUUGUUUCACUUAUUUAUGCAUUCUUUGGUAGUUUCUUGUAUGUGCCCUGACCGGGGAUCAAACCCACAACCUUGGCAUAUUGGGAUGAGGCUCUAACAACUGAGUGACCUGGACAGGGCUCCCUCUGCUUUAAAAAAAAAAAAAAGUUGGUACUUUGUGAGAGUGAGAAAGUAACUUAGAUGGCAAACAAUUCCUUUUCCUUUUAAAUUCCCACAUUGGACUGAUUUGUAUUACUUAGCUAUCUAAAAUUGAUCUAGAAAAAAACCCUCUAUCAGAUUAUAUCAGCACAACUAAGAAUUUCCUACAUUUAUCUUAUGAAGUAUGGAAAAAAUUACACUGAGGUUUAUUAAUGUUGCCAUUCAGUUUUAAAGACAAGAAAAUGUGGACAAUGCAACCUACCACCCAGAACCAGUCCCCUUGAGUCUGAAAAUUGGAGGAAAGUAAUCAAGGCAGGCCUUGAACUGGGACAGAACAGCUUCUACAUUGUUAUCAGGAUAGUCUGUUACCCUGGUAGAGUAGAAUCCAUACCAGCCAAAAUUAGAAAAUAAAG